GCCAAUUGAGGACAACCACAAAACAUGACCUUUCGAAAUAGAAGUGUUGGUUGUGUAGUAGCCAUCUCAGACUGCUAUAGCCAUAGAGAGUUGAGUGAUUCCAAGUCAAGUCAAGCCAAGUCAAGCCAAGCCAAGUCAAACCAAGACAAAGUAUCAUGAGUUUGAGUAGUAGUGUCUCUGUGGUUCGUGUCGGUGGCUCUGAUGAGGAAUUGUCUCUCAAGCUGACAGAGGCCAUCCUUGGAUUUCAACAGCAGCAGCAGCAACAGCAACAGCAACAGCAAGAAGCCACUACUAGUACUUCAGCUACGAGUGGAACAUCCGCUUCUGGAAGUGGUAGUGGUGAGAGCAACAGCGCAUUGAAUGGCAGCCAAAUCUUGAAGAUAUCCAACCGUUACUUUGAUGCCAGUGUGGCGCUCCUUCCUUUGGCUAUUGGUACUGCAUCCAAUGCUUCUACUACCGAAACUAGUACUGAUGUGGAUGAACGGGAAGAUGGGAUCUUAUUAGUCUUUGAUGAUUCUUCCAGUCGCUCCUUUGAUGUCCUGGCCAAUCUUCAUGCCACUGCGGAAGCCAACAAUCAAAAUGGAGAUUUGCUACGACUUUGUGUGGGACUGCUGACUGCUGCCACUAACACUAUUAGUGCAGAACAACACGAACAAGAAUACUCGCGACGAGUCCUCUGGUGUUUGGAUCACGGAUACGAAUACGUCGAAAAGGUGGAUCUAUCGCCGGAAGGAAUCCAACAAGGACACAAAGAACGAGAAAAAGAGGGAUUUGCCAGAAUCAUUGAAGCCAUUCAGGGUACCGUUUGGUCCACGGCCCAAAUGCACAAGCAAAAGAAACAGCAGCUACAACAAUCCUAUCAAGAAGUCAAAAGCACCAUUGUUUCCAACGCUACAACAAAUGACACUACUACUCCUCAGUACCAACCUCCUCCUACCACGCUCCCAAUCCAAACAUCCACAGAUACUACUACUAAUGCUCUGACACAAGAACAGGAACAAGAAGCCAAACUACGAGAAGAAAAGGCACGACAAGCCCUCCUCCAACAAGAUGGAAUCAACGACAAAGACCCAGCAACAGAACUCUAUAUCGAUGGAACGGCACCUUCUGGGGAAGAACGACAAAGUCAACAACAAGCCGAUGCCAUUCUAAACAAUAUGGAAGGAGCGCUCAAGGAAGCCAAUCGCAUUCGAGAUCUAUCCAAACAGGGACAAUUGUCCGACGACGAACGACGACAGCGGGCCGGAGACGCCGCCGUGCUACUCAUGAAUCUCAUGAAUCAAAUGGGAGGCGAUGACGAUGAUAGUGAUAUUGAUGAUGACGAUGACAGCCACCAGGAAACUACAGACCAAGCUGUCCUGGCAAAUGGAGAAUAAAAAAGAGUAUUCUGAAUGGGACGCAACAAACCGGCAAUCAAAAGUCUCUGUACAGAGAAGCUCGCCCCCUUUUCCUUCUCACUCAUAGAGAAACCGUUCAAAAGAUGCUUUCAGUAUCCCACAACCGAAUGAAUCACGAUUCUGCUUCGUACCAAUAGACUAGCUAGACUAGUAGCAGCCGAAUUCAAUCUAAUCGAAUCCAAUCAUGCUGUGCCGGCAAGAGACUGUCGCCCCAGGGGUUCGGAGGAUCAUCUUAGAAGGCAAGUGGUACCGUACUAACCGUAUACCAACGAGAGCGAUCUCUAUACCUGGCCACAACGGUUGGCCAACUUUCCAGCACACCCCUGACAACAUUGUAGUACGAUGAUAGUUCAGUCACGCCCCAGAACCCGUGGCGGCAAAAGAUAAACUAUAAAUUCUGUUGGUUAG